AUGGGUGGCUAUAUCUCCAAGUUUUCGGGGUUGAUUUGGGCAAAGAAGGAGACAAGAAUACUCAUUCUGGGACUUGACAAUGCUGGCAAGACGACCUUGUUGUACAGGCUGAAGAUCGGCGAAGUCGUCACGACAAUACCGACCAUUGGAUUCAACGUCGAGUCGGUGACAUACAAGAACCUCAACUUCAAUGUCUGGGAUCUUGGAGGCCAAACUUCAAUUCGCCCGUACUGGCGGUGCUACUACGCCAACACCGCCGCCGUAAUUUUCGUAAUCGACAGUACCGACAUCGACCGUCUUUCUACAGCAGCUGAGGAGCUGUCUGCCAUGCUCAACGAGGAAGAAUUGCGAGACGCUGCAUUGCUAGUCUUUGCAAAUAAGCAAGAUCAACCGGGCGCUAAGGGCGCAGGUGAGAUUAGUGAAGCUUUGAGGUUAGGAGAGCUCAAAGACCGCAACUGGAGUAUUGUCGCCUGCAGUGCGGUCGAUGGCCGAGGUGUGGACGAAGGCAUGGAUUGGCUCGUGUCAAACGUGAACAACGACAACUAG